CUGAGUUAAAUAUUACCCUCAAGAGCCAAUCAAAGAGACCGAGCAAAACGUGAAGACGAGAGAUCAAAGCACCGCCAAUCGAUCCGCUGCAGCGGUCACCAAAAACCAAAGCCAGCACAAGCCAGGCCUCGUUACAAGAUUUUCUUUUCUUUUUUUUAAUGGAUGCUGCUGUGCUGACCGCGGUCUGUCUCCACUUUGGUGCUUUGAAAUGAACCUCUCUGAUCUCUCUUUUAAAUUAAGGAAGAAAGGAUCCAUUACGCAAAGAAUGCAUUUGGUAUAAAGACUAAACACUGAUAGCUUUCUUUGGCUGAGUAAUUUACGGCAUCUCUGGCAUCGGUCCUGAACUGGAUGUCUGAAUUUAUUGUUACAGCAGCUGGACGACUUCCCAGGAUUGUUUAAACAAGACGUGGCUGCCUGUGUGUUCAUAGAAGUGUGAUUUCUCUGCGCCCCGAAAGCUUCGCGGUGGAAUUAAAAACUGGUAGCCUUUGGGUGUUUUUAAUGCAUGACAGUAGUGGUGGUGGUGGAGGUGGGAAGCAUCUCCCUAACAGGCCAUUUUCUUUAUCUAAAUCUACUUCAAAUCGACUUCAGUGCCAAAAAUAUUUCAGCUCCCCCUGCCCUCUGCUGAGCCAACUUAAUGUUUCUGGGUUUUCAUUCUGCUCUAAUUGCCGCAGAAACGUAGAGGAAGUCAAUUUGCCAUAUAGAAAGACGUAAAAAUCCCCUUUCUUAUCUUUAUCGCAGGCCUAUUACCAUACAUGAAACUGAGCCUGCACGAUCAGCAGAAAGGCUUCCUUUUUACGCGCACACACAGACACACACACAUCCACACACACACACACGCCGAUCCUGUGUGCAGAAAUGCAACGCAGGGCGGUCUGCAGCUGCAGAAACACUGUCCACUCCUUCACCACUCAAAGCCACGUCGCGUGCACCUUAACGCACGAGAGCCGCGUGCUUCUGCUGGGAUUAUUCACUAAUCCGGGAGGUUUUCCAAAGGCCAAGAAGCCCUCUGUGGAAACCUGCCAUGUGACAUUUGGCUGCCAGCGCUUCGCCACAAGGUCAAAAAGGGAGGGGAGGAGAGGAGGGGGAUGAGGAGACCCUGUGCACGUUUAAUGGAAAUGCAGAAAACCAGCAGCGCUUCACACAGCAUCCACCAUCAUCACCAUCACCACCGUGACCUCUUCAGCGAGUCUCCGGAUGGUGUGAGCGGCUUUGAGUGUGCUCCUCAGCAGCAAGUGGAGGCGUCUGAGCAUGGCACGUUUCCCCGGAGGUCAAAGCAGCAAAACCCAAAGUUUGCAAUGAGCAGAAAGAUUUUCCCCUGGAUGAAAGAGUCCAGACACUCAAAUCAGAAACCCGGGAGGAGAGUCGCAGACUGCCCCGUGAACGAGAAGAGUCCAAGCAGCGCGACCCCGGCCUCCAAGCGAACGCGCACCGCGUACACGAGCGCGCAACUGGUGGAGCUGGAGAAGGAGUUCCACUUCAGCCGCUACCUCUGCAGGCCGAGGCGCGUGGAGAUGGCCGGCCUGCUCAACCUUCACGAGAGGCAGAUCAAGAUCUGGUUCCAGAACCGGAGGAUGAAGCAGAAAAAGGACCAGCGAGGUCAGGGCCUCCCUCCAGCCAUCACCACCUCCUCUUGCUCGCCCUCGUCCUCCCCCUCCGCCCCGGGAAGCCCAACUCUGUCGAGCCUGGGUUAUGUCCAUCUGGGAGGGGAUUACCAACCGGCCUCCCCUCCGCUCAGGCCCCAGCUGCAGCAGGAGCAGCUGCCUGCGUACCCGGCAAACUACUCUAAAUAUCCAGUUUCAGGCUUCACGCAUGGCCCGCAGUUUGAUGUGCAGUACAGCACCCACACAAGCUCACACACACCAAACCCCAACCUGCGAGGAAACGACCUGAGCGGCUCGUAUUUCUCACAGAGCUGCAGUCCUCAGGAAAGAAUCAUGCAAGCUCCCAAACUGACCCACCUGUAGCGCACGGUGGAUUUAUAAAGAAGCGCAAUACUGACAUAUUUCCAUGCAUGCGUUAUUUAUUUAUUUAUUUGACUAAUUAAUCAGAAUAUUAGUCUCAAAUGUUGUUGUUUUUUAUCUGUAUUUAUAAAUCAUUUGCUGUGUGUUUUAAGGGCAAAGUUUCGGUUAUUUUCUUUUCGACUUUAACUUUCGUUUAAUAAUUAAGACCUUAAAUUAAAAAGGUUCACUGCUGUA